AUGGUAAUUGCUUAUGGUGUAAUGGUAUCACCCAUGGAUGAAAUACGAAUCAUUGGUCAACAUGGUAGUCGAUUAUGGUGUCCAUGGCGGACAUAUGGGUCAUUGGUAAGCAUGGUAGUUGCUUCUGGUGUGAUGGUAUCACCCAUGGAUGAAAUACGGGUCAUUGGUCAACAUGGUAGUUGCUUAUGGUAUAAUGGACAAUUUGGUCGUUUUAUAAUGGAACAUCUUCUAGGCGCCAUAAUGUUUUCCGACGAAACACGUUGUUUCCGCUCUUCACUCUUAUUUCAGAUGAAGUUAUUUUUCUUAGAAGCUGAACAUGAAGGGAAAACAAUACUUGAAGAAGCAUCUGCAUUGGGACAUUUGGAUUCAACAUUUGUCCUGGGAAUGAUGUUGAUGGCUGAAGGGAGACAUAGGAAGCAGGAAGCUUUGGACAUGUUGAACAACGCUUACCAUAGAGCAAAAGGUAAGUGA